AGAAGCCCCCUGCCCUGGCUGUGGUUUCUAACAAGGCUUGGGAUUCUUUCUUUGCAGGCAUUGGAGGAGCUCAAGUGCUGGCAAUGGGCAAAUCUACUGAGACUGAGAUUGAUUUCAAAUAUGCCAUCAUUGGUAUGGCAUUGGGAGUAGCCAUAUCUGCAGGGUUCCUUGCCCUGAAGAUCUGCAUGAUCCGGAGACACUUGUCUGAUAAUGACUCUGCAGACCUGAAGAAUACGCCCCAGGACACCAUCUUGCUGAAGAAGAAAAGACCCAGAGAUGCCCAGGUGAUUGAGCUGUGAGCUGCUAGCUACAUCAGAAGAAGCUUUAGGUACUUUGAGUCUGAAUAUUCAAGGCUAAUGACAGAUCAUUACCUGAACUCAAUAUAAGAGCAGGUACUAAAUGGACUACAGUCGGCGGCACCUGUGUCCCCAGGGAAGCUAUCAUGCCUGUUCUGCAAAAGUGUCUGCACAGGGGAAGUACAUGAAUGAACAGCAGGGAAAAAGGAAAGUCCACAUCUGUAUUUCUCAACCUAGAUGCCCAUGGAGGAGCUGUGCAGGCUUCUACGACAAUAUUGUAUUCACAUCAAUGAAAUCUCACCCCAACAUGGCCCAUGGACCAAGCCAAGACAGCUUCUUCCUCAGCGCUGUGGGGCUACAAGCAUUCAGGAUUAGUUUUAUAGAACUCAUGGCCUUGCAGUCUUAGCUGCCAGGAGAUUCCCACUUUAAAGACAAACCGUGUAAGUAUCCAGGGGAGCAUCGAGCUGAUGAGUCAUUAUCAACAGAAGACUGACCUUCUAAGGGGAGAGAGGACAGCCUAGGGUGAAGUGAGAAGGACACUGACAGCCCUGGGAAGGGCCUUGGAGACCCAGAGCAAGCUGGUAUGGUGCCUCACAGAGAGCGACAGGAAUGCAGGCUCGCAUUGUCUCCCACACACAAAGAUUUUGUGCUGAUUGUUGCAGUAUGCAUCGUCUCUGCAUGAAAGGUUCAGGAAACCUACACACUGCUACUCUUGUUAUCAGAAUAGAAUUCAGAGCACAGGCUCUGGGAACAUUCCCUCACAACUGAAUCAUUCCUGUCUUGGAAGACUCCGCUUUUCCAGUCUGCAGGAAGGCAGGUGGCUGUGUGGUCUGGGUCUCCUCCGAUGGGUUACCUUUAGCAUGCUGUGAGAAGGAGGAACUAUUUUUCAGAAUGAAGCGCGGCAUUACAAUAACGUCUGGAGUCCCAGGGUGUCUUGUCUGCCUUGAUAAUGGUGCUACUCAUUAGCAGCUUCUGUUAACUGAUCACCUGAAGCAGUUACAUGGUACUCAUAAGCAAUCUUCCGUGUGUGAGAUAGAAUAAAUCAUCGUGUACUGGA